AUGGUUGCCUCCCUCCUCCGCCGCGUCAUGCCGGCGCGCGUCGCAAACACAGGCUCCCAACAGCGCGACCACCACGCCAACGAGCGCACGUUCCUCUCAUGGACCCGGGCAGGCCUCGGCUUCGCAGCCAUGGCCCUAGCGCUUGACCGGUUAGACGCUAUAGACCGAGUCCUAUCCUCCAGAUUAGGUAUCGGGCUACUCCCACCCGCACCUGCCCCAGUACCCGUGCCCUCAAAGCAGGAAGUAGCAGCAUCCGAAAACAAGAGCACCGAAACCGACCAUGCACAGGUCGACAGUUCCACGAGUGCGAUGCUAGGACAUGCGUUUUCCGCUACACAGCUUUGCCAGUUGCUUGGUGUGUGGUGUUUAGGUUAUGGGUUCUUUCGAUACUGGUCUAUGAGACGGUAUUUGAUGAAGGGACAGUUCGUUCCGGCUUUUUGGGGCCCUGUUUUCAUGACUACUGGGAGUUUUGCCGCUUUUAUGGCUUUCGGCUCGCAGAUGGAUCGGCGGCAUGGGUCUUGA